AUGUAUUUUCUUCAAUCGCUAAAGCCAGGAGCAAUCCUUCUGCUACAGUUCGCUUUCUGGACAACCCCAUCAGUAGCAUUUCCAGCGCCGUCACGCAAUAUUACAUAUUCAAACUUCACACUUGCCGACCAAGACGUACCUUUGAGGAUCUUACCCUUAGGAAAUUCAAUUACAUUUGGUUAUUUGAGUACCGACGGAAAUGGCUAUCGCAACGAGCUUCUCACAAAACUUACCUCAAACGGGACUGAAGCUCAAUACCUCGGGUCUGUCAGAGCCGGCAACAUGACGGACAAUUACAACGAAGGCCACCCAGGCGCGACCAUCGACCAAAUCGCAAAUUUUUCUCGGGCCAGCCUGCCGAUGCGACCUAAUCUGAUCCUCCUGAUGGCAGGCACGAACGACAUGGUCCAAAAUCUCUCUAUCGGAGCUCCCGAGAGACUGGCGAGUCUGGUCGACAUGUGCAUCGCUGCGUGUCCCGAUGCGGUAAUUCUCCUCGCCCAACUUACGCCGUCUGCUACAACCGACGUCGAGUCUCGCAUUGAGACAUUUAACCCGGAAGUUGUCGCGUUGGCAAAUAGUAGAGCGAGCAACGGAGCGAAAAUCGCGGCUAUAGACAUGCCCGCCUAUGUCUCGGUUGACGAUCUGAAAGAUGGGUUGCAUCCGAAUGACUAUGGCUAUAGCAAGAUGGCAGAAGCGUGGUAUGGAGGGAUUCAGGACGCUGUGGAUAAUGGCUGGCUCACCACUCCCGCGGCUAACACCGUGGUCGGAGUGAUGAGAAACAUCACGACUCCGGUGGUUCUGUCGAGCGACUCGUCUCGAGGCCGACCGACCUUUGUUAUAUUGCAUUCGCUAGUAUGGCUGGCAGUGGCGGCGCUCUUGCUCUGA